CCCCAAAACCAAUCGGAGUAACAAGUUGGAAAACCGAUUACUAUGGCUUCCCACAGUUUUUCUUCAUUCACUCUAUUAUUACCCCUUCUGCUUUUGAGUUUCUCUUCAAUAACCAGCCAUGUAAAGGUUGAAGGGGUGAGAAUUCUUCUUGAAUCAUCCUUGCCAAAGCCAAACUUACCUGAGUUGCCUCCUCUUCCUAAGCCAGAGUUACCCCAUGUGCCUAAGGUUGAGUUACCACCAUUUCCAAAGCCAGAAAUACCUAAAGUUCCAGAAAUUCCCAAGCCAAAGGUUCCUGAAAUCCCUAAACCAGAAAUGCCUAAAGUUCCUGAAAUUCCCAAACCCGAGUUGCCUGCGGUGCCCAAGAUAAAAGUACCAGAAAUUUCUAAACAAGAGUUGCCCGAGAUGCCAAAGCCAGAAGUGCCCAAAAUCCCAGAAAUUCCUAAACCAGAAUUGCCCAAGGUUCCUGAAAUUCCUAAGCCUGCCUUACCAAAAGUCCCAGAGAUUCCAAAACCAGAGAUACCUAAAGUCCCAGAAGUUCCUAAGCCCGAGAUGUCUAAAGUACCAGAAAUUCCAAAGCCUGAGUUACCAAAAUUCCCAGAAAUUCCUAAGCCAGAGAUGCCUAAAGUUCCGGAAAUUCCAAAGCCGGAGUUGCCUCAUCAACUUCCCAAGGUGGAGCUGCCACCAUUGCCAAAGCCUGAGUUUCCUGCUGUGCCAAAGCUAGAAGUUCCUGAGAUUCCGAAACCCCACUAAACCAUUAUUUCUUAAACAAGCACAUUACUUAUUCCCUUCCCUAUAUAGCUUGUAUUGUCUGACGUAAUAAAUGGGUUUAUACUGUUCUUGUGUGUCAUUAUUUAUUAAUAUCUCUUCAGUGUAAUUUGUUGUUACAUCUUCCCACAGUGGUGAUGUUGUAGUUUGUCAUCAUUAUUUGAUGAGUUCGGUUGAGUCAAUGUUAUUACUUGAGCUUCUUGUUGCUUGUCCACGUAUUACUGGUUUAGUUUAUACUGUAUACCUGUAAAGACGAAAGAGGAUACACACAGAUGGAUUUUGAAUAGAUGAUUGUGGGUACAUUGCCAAAAA